AACAUCACUGCUGUUCUGAAUGUGGUAAACAAUUUUGUAAAAGGAGUACACUGGGAAGACACAUGCGAAUUCACACGGGAGAGAAGCCAUACUGCUGUUCUGAAUGUGGAAAACAGUUUUCACGAAGAAGCCAAGUUCAGACCCACAAAAUAAUUCACACAGGGGAGAAGCCAUAUUGUUGUUCCGAUUGUGGCAAACAGUUUUCACAAAGAGGCUACCUUAAGAUCCACCAAAGAAUUCAUACAGGAGAGAAGCCAUAUUGUUGUUCUGAAUGUGGUACACAGUUCUACCACAAGCAUGGUCUUCAGAUCCACAAAAGCGUUCACACAGGACAGAAGCCAUUUUGCUGUUCGGAGUGUGGCAAAACGUUUUCACAAAGAAGCAACCUUCAGAGCCACAAGGUAAUUCACACGGGAGAGAAGCCAUAUUGCUGUAGUGAAUGUGGCAAACAGUUUUCACAAAGAAGCUACCUUAAGAGCCACAAAAGAAUUCACACUGGAAAGAAACCAUACUGUUGUUCUGAGUGUGGCAAACAAUUUCAUCACAAGAGUGGCCUUGAAAGCCAUAAAAGCAUUCACACAGGAGAGAAGCCAUAUUGCUGUAAUCAAUGUGACAAACAGUUUUCACAAAGAAGAAAUCUUCAGAUCCAUCAAAGGAUUCACACAGGAGAGAAGCCGUUUUCCUGUAAUGAAUGUGGCAAACAGUUUUCACAAAGAAACAACCUUAUAAGCCAUGAAAGAAUGCAUACAGGAGAGAAGCCGUAUUGUUGUUCUGAAUGUGGCAGGCGAUAUGCUCGUAUAACCAAUCUGAAGAUCCACUCUUGUAGGAAAAGAUGAGAGAUUUAAUUUGGUUAAUUAAUUAUCAAUUUUGUCUUCAGCAAAGCCGGUUAUUUAUGAAAUAACUCGCUAAGGCUGCUACUUUAGUUACCUUGCCUUUUUCUAUUGUAGGAGGUGGGUCUGCGGCCAUUAGACUUGUGUAAAGGUAACUUAUGCAUGCUCCUUUUAAGAAACAGAAUAAUACAAGGUAUUGAUAAAAAAAAAGUGUUACAGAAAUAUGAUAAAUGUAUCUUAUAUAUAAACGUCUACGUGUGGAAGUGUGUGUGUCAGUCCAGCCCAGAAGUGAGGAUACACAAGCAAGGCCAGCACAUUGGUAAAGGGAAACCUCCGAAGGAAGAGUCACUCUCUUAGCAGCUAAUACAGAAGGUGAGGCGGGCACAUCAGCAAAUCGGUAUCCCUUUUACUUUUUCUCCUGCCACUAAUACACAGACUAGGCGAGUACGUCGGCAAAAGGAAACCUCCAAAGAAAGAGACACUCACUUAGCAGCUAAUACUGAAGUGAGGUGAGCACAUCGGCAAAACAAAACCUCAGAAGAAAGAGACACUCGUUUAGCGGCUAAUACAAAAGUGAGGCAAGCACAUCGGAAAAACGGUAUCCUUUUACUUCUGCCGCUUAUACACAAGCAAAGUGAGCACAUCGGCAAAACGAAACCUCCGAAGAAAGAGACGCUGACUUAAUGGCUAAUACAGAAGUGAGGCGAGCAUAUCGGAAAAACGGUAUCCCUUUCACUUUUUCUCCUGCCGCUAAUACACAAACUAGGCGAGUAUGUCGGCAAAACGAAACCUCCAAAGAAAGAGACACUCACUUAGCAGCUAAUACAGAAGUGAGGCGAGCACAUCAGCAAAACAAAACCUCAGUAGAAAGAGACACUCGCUUAGCGGCUAAUACAGAAGUGAGGCGAGCACAUCGGAAAAACGGUAUCCCUUUUAUUUUUUCUUCUGCCACUUAUACACAAGCAAAGUGAGCACAUCGGCAAAACGAAACCUCCGAAGAA